AUGUCUGGAUACUACGGCGGCCCACCGCAAGAAGGCUUCUAUGGCGGACAAGCUCAACAGGGCCAAUACUAUAACUCUCAGUCCCAGGGCUACUCUCAGGAUCAACACGGCGGCCAACAGCCUGCCUACGGACAGUACGGACAGCAGCAAAACCAUCAACAAGGAUAUCAUGGCCAGCAGGCUCAGCAACAGUAUGGCGGACCACCACUCUCCCAGCAGGGUUAUGACAACCGCGGUCAAAAUUAUGGCGCAUAUUCCCAACCCCCUCCCCAGCAAGGAGGUGGAGGGGAGAACAGCUCUUACUACGGUGCACAGGGCGGGCAACAGCAGCAAUCAUACCCCGGUGGCCCGCCAGGACCAGCGGGUGGCCCUGGAGGGCCAGAGGGAGAAAAGGGACUAGGCGCAACCUUAAUUGGCGGCGCGGCAGGCGGGUUUGCGGGGCACAAACUUGGCGGAGGCGCUCUGGGAACAGUGGGUGGGAUGGUGCUGGGCGCAGUAGGAGCUAAUGCCGUUGAAGCGGGAAUGAAGCACGGGAAGAAGGACAAGAAAGACAAGAAAGAUAAGAAGAAUAAAAAAGACAAGAAGGACAAGAAGGAUAAGAAGGACAAGAAGCAUAAGAAACAUAAGAAUCGGGGUGGCUCUGGCAGUUCAAGCUCGAGCAGCGAUAGUGACUAG